AUGGCAGCGCCAACAGGAAAUCAGGGCUGGGCCCAAUUGCGCCAGCAAGCUCGAAGCUUGGAGUCCCAGACGGAAACGUUAUUUCAUACGUAUUCACAAUUCUCGACUGUCCCUAAUAUUCCGGCAAAGCCGACUAAAGAGGAACGGGAGACGGAAGCCAAGCUAGAGGAGAUACUCAACAAGAGAGAAAACCUCGUCAACCAACUUGCGCGCCUCCUAGAUUCCGAAGCGAGCCUUACCUCUUCCGCCCUGAAGCAGAAUAACCUGUCCCUCCUACGCGAGAAGCUCGCCGAGCACAGACGAGACCUCGGGCGGCUACGAUCUAGCCUGCAAGAGGCAAGGAACCGCGCGAACCUGCUGUCCAACGUCCGAGACGACAUCCAGACGUACCGGGCGAACAACCCCGAAGCCGCCGAGGCCGAGUACAUGCUGGACGAGCGCAACCGCAUCGACAACAGCCACAACAUGGUCGACAGCGUCCUGAGCCAGGCCUACGCCACCAACGAGAGCUUCAUCGCGCAGCGGGAAACCCUCGCCAGCAUCAACCGGAGGAUCACCAUGGCCGCGAGCCAAGUCCCCGGCCUGAACACCUUGAUCGGCAAGAUCACGGCGCGGAAGCGGCGAGACAGCUUUAUCAUGGGGGGCUUUAUCGCCUUCUGCUUCGUCGUCUUUUGGUUCUUCUUGUAG